AUGUCGCAAAACUCAGCAAACAAGGGUUCGAAGGAGUCAAAAGUUCGAACUGCGGACACCAACCGUAAAUAUGCGUUGUUGAUGCACCUUAUUCUCGACACGCCCUCUCUUUUGGACCCUGACGAACUCUGCGACCUCGAGGGCAACAUUCUCUACAACGACUCCCCCGCGAUGCACUACCUGAAGCUGUCGAAGGUGGUGCCGUUUUGGGAAGAGGAAUGUCCUGAGGAACACGAAGCAAAAUGGGGAGCCCGCUGGGCUGAUAUAAGAAAGGGUUUCAAAGAACUCGAAUUCGCGAACCGGACUAGCUGCGAGCGGUUCAAUUUUCGAGAGAACAAGCUGUCAGAUGUGCUUGACGCAGCGAGGGCAGGUCAUUGGGGAGCUUGUUUCGAUGUGCCGUUGAAAGCGGCACUUGCGAGGAAGGAAAUGUCUAUUCAGAGCCGUUAUCACCGUUGGGUGGUUAAUCAGACGAAAAAAGCGGGCGGGGAACCAUUGAGAGGUUUUGUGUCUCUAAACGACUGGAGUACGAUGGCGGACGAUAUUCUGCAAGAUAUAUUUGGGGAUGGUGUGAGAGCGGGGGAUGUGACUUGUACCGAGAGUGCGAAGACGUGGUUCCAAGGGACCAUCCAAACACUUCUGGACGCUGCUUCAAAGGAGGUGAUACGCGCGGAGAAGUCGAUUGUACGGUGUCAGCGUGAUUUGGAAAAUAUUCUUGGAGAAAAUUUCUGGGAGAAGAUGGAGAUUCCUACGGGUUUUGACCUCCGCAAAGCGCGGUCCGUGUUCAAGAAGUUACGGAACUGGAAAGGCCUUCUCUCUUGGCAGGUUCCGACUGCGCAGGAUGAAAAACGGAGAGGGGUGGACAUCGAUAUCGAGGACCCAGAGGCGGCGGCGAAAAUCCAAGCGCGGUGGACGGAUCUCAGUGAAACCGCGAAAAAACUAGACUACUGUCAGCUUGUUAUCGGCUGGCUUGUAGGCGUUAUUGAAGCGAAGACGUCGAAAACUGUGGAGCUGGGAUUCGAACCGGGGAGUUACGACGAGAAAAUAGUGUCGUACGGGAAGGUGCUUGCUCGAAAAAUUCCUCGGAAACAUAUCGAUAACAUGCCGGCGCCGAGUGCCUCCGAAUUUCGUGCGUUUGCAGCGGAACUCUCUGAUUUUGCGGACGCCUGGGUGGGAAGAGAUGACACCCAGUUGAGUACUGCUAUUUCGAUGUGGGAAAAUCCGGAGUUCGACAGCGCGUUACGGAUGUACCAACAGGAGGGAGACGACAUCGGUGUCGGGGAGUUUAAGUCUUUAACUCCCGACGAGCUGGAGCGAUAUCUGGGAUUUGAAUCGGAUGGUUUGCCAACGUCUUUCCGGCGUCAUACGGCCGAUGAACCAGGAAUGAUACCUGACGGAGCAUCCGACAAACCAUUUCUGGAUAGUAGUCCAGUUCGAAUUAGCUGGCAUCAACUCGUUUUCGUGGCAUCACUGGUUUUGAAACUUACCUCGGGGAAGCAAACUGAUAUUCCCAAUAUUUUAGAUCAGCGAAGAGUGAACGAGUGGACUCUACGUGCGAUUAAGGAGCGAUGGGCCACAGUGCCGGGAGUAUGUUUGUUUGAUGAAGUUGGAUUAGGAAAAACGAUGUGCGCAUUGGCGACGAUAGCGACGCUCCAGUCGCUUUUUAAAUUACAGGAGAGGGUGAAGGCGGGAGAGAUGGACUCGUCGAAAUUGCCGGGGUGUUUGAAGGAAGCGGGGAAGUUUGGGAACCUGGAUGGGGGGAUUCCCAAUGAGCGGCAUUUAAUUGUCGUUCCCUCCAGCUUAAUGGAUCAAUGGAAAGCGGAGUUAACGCGUUUCUUCAGACCAGACGCGGUUCAUGUUCAUAUUAUUUCAAACGUGGCAAAGAACUGGGCCGAUGACGUGAAAAAGGUCUUCGAAUGCAAAGACGUGGAAAGGAUUCACCAGAUUGUGCUUGUUGCGGCUCCAACUCUGCAACGGAUGUACAAAAAUAAUAAUCGAUCCAUCGCAAUCAUGACGACCGAUGGUUACCCGCGCCUUCAUUACACCCAAAAAGCAAAUACCUUGUAUAGCAUGUCUUGGGCUACGACUUUUGUUGACGAAGUUCAGGAGGCUCGUACUGGUAAAGCAUUAUGGGUGGCUUUAUCGGCUUUGUUUGAUGCUACUCUGGUAAAAGUUGCAAUGACCGCAACUCCUUUACUGGAACAUCCAAAUGAUCUUGUUAAUCUUGCUCGUUUAAUUCGGCCGCCGACUCUUGUGCUUACAGAAAGGGCCAACUUACAAGACAUGGCGCGCGACUUGCGCAUUCUCAAGGGGAAAUCGGUGGUGAGGACUCAUCAGGAGGCGCUCCAACUAACCGAGCAAGAGACAAUUGUUGCGAGAACCCAAGGGUCGGCGGUCGCGCUCUUUGCCAAUACUAUGGUGAAGAUAGCGCAACGUCAUUUGCUUCCCCACACUGUGCGCCGAACGAACAAGUCGUUGGAUUUUGAGGGAAAGCCGCUAGGUGCACAACUUCCUGAACACACAGUCUUACAUGUGUCAGUUCCAGUGACGGAUUCAGAGGUGAAUGAAUCUUAUCGUGUAGUUAGCGAGACACUGGACGCGAAGGUGUUUGACACCAAUACACUUGGGAAAUUCUUCAACGAGGCACGUUCUCAAUUAUCGUUUCCGAGUGCAGACAGGUAUGCUCCUGAGGAAUAUGAUCUCGACGCGCUGCACUCGGACUCCGCCACGAAGUUAAAGUGUGCCAUUGAAAUCAUGCUUCGAACUUUGCGCCAUGGCGCAGGUAAUGUAGUUCCUGCUGAGUACCACGGCACCACCGACAGAGUUAUCGACGCGAAGGACUUGGGAUUACCUGAUUUCCUCCAUGGCUGGUCCGUGGAUCCUUUGAAACCAGAGGAACGCUUCAAGCUCAGCGAGAACAAGACGGAGAAGAUCAUUUUGUACACCACUUUCGCGAAAUUCCAUGAUCACAUUGAGAAUAUUUUGAAAUGCUGCGGGAUCAAGAGUGUUGCGAUUAGUGGUGCUGUUCCUGCGAAGGAGCGCACGCGUCUCAUCGAAGAGUUUCGUCAUGGGGACGUCGACGUUCUUAUAAUGUCGGCAGUCGGCGCAACCGGCCUUAACCUAACAUGUGCUCGCACCAUGAUCCUCUACGAAGCAAACUGGAGUGCAGUAAAUACUGAACAGGGGCAAGGACGGAUCCACCGAAGGGGGCAACUAUGGCCCACAUUUGUCAUUCAAUUAAUGGCCGACGGCACGGUGGAAAUCUUGCUCAUUGCGAAUGGAUUGGGUAAACUGCAACUUCUGGGAACAUUUCUUUCCAUCCCACGGAAUGAAAAAACAUUGAAGAUGCUAAGCGGACAAGACCUGGAAGAGUAUGAGGAACUGGUCAAAGGCAAGGGGACAGAAAAGGAUGUGGCUAGCGAGGUGCAAGAUCAUUUGAAAAGCGCCAAGUCGAAAUUGGGAGUUGCUAUCAAUGACGGGAGGCCAACGGAGCCGAAAUCGAAAAAGGCCAAGGGAAAGCAAGCUGAGAAAGCCCAAGCACCCACCAAAAAAGCUUCGCAAGUCAAGUCUGCGGAGUUUAUUGACGAGUCGCUCAGCUCGUCUGAAUCAGAAACUCAAGGUCCUGGCCGUAUUGCACCCACGCCUGAAGAUUCACAAGCGGGCCCAUCGAACGUGGGCGUAAGUAGAGGAGUUCUUGGCCCACCAUCUAAUGAGGCGGGCCCGUCGAGGUCGAAAGUAUCUGAUCCCCCGCAAGUCGAUCUUCCAGCUAGACCUCUUAGCCCUGUUAGUGAGGACCCUGUCGAAGAGCGUGACGUUCGGAUGGGAUCGCCCAUUCACGAGCAGGAACCUCAACCAGCCCGAGAACUCACAGAUGCAAUGGAUGGGGACCUCACUCCGCUCGAAACUCUCACUCCCAGCCCCGAGGACAAGUCGGUGCCUCUCCCUGAUCCUCCAGCUUUGGGUCGCGACGGAAAAUUGAAGGAUGCGUCGGAGAUGGACUUUUAUCAAUCUGAGUCGGACGAACUCCCCUUUGCAAAGCCUUCAACGGAAAAGCGCAAGAGACGUGUAUCAGAUGAAGGUGCAACCGCGAAGAAGGGUAAAGGCAAAGCUUUCGAAGAACUUUCAACUCGUAUGAGCAGUGUGGACAUCGGCGAUGCUCAAGAACCUUCGCAACCGACUCGCAAGGGAAAAUCCAAACAGCCAGCAACAGGACGCCGCACAAUUCCCAGCUCUCAAGCCGACCUGGAGGACGCACCUUCAACGGAACCCGAAGUUAAACGUACGAAGGGGAGGAAGGGUGCGAAGAAAACCAGGGCACGAAAAUACAUGUCUUCCAACCGUAAAUUAGCGCUUUUAAUUCAUCUCAUCCUCAACAACCCCAGUCUCCUAAAACCUGAGAAAUUUUUGGAUGGCGACGGGACUGUGUACACGAAAGAAAGCGUGCUUACCGAACGGUUGCGCCGAUUCAACGUACCGCCUUUUUGGGAUUUGUCUUGUCCCGAGAAAUUCCAAGAGAAGUGGGGAGCGCGCUGGAAUGAUAUCCACGACCAGUUGGAGGACCUCAGAAAGGGCGGGAGGAACGAUAUCGAGAAGUACAACUUCAAAAAUCGGAAUUUGAAUGACGUGGGGCUUUCGAACAAGAGCGAAGGGUGGGGAAGUUGUAUGGACCAACCUUUGAAGGACACCCUCGAGAACAUGGGUUUCAGUAUUCGUGACCGCUACAUCGCGUGGGUAAAGCUGUUCGCUGAGAAGGACCCACAAGGACGGGUUGUGAAAGGGUUUGUUCCUCUUACGCAGUGGACGGGGCGUCAGGAUAAUAUCUUGGAAGAGAUAUUUGGAGAUGCUAUUAAAGGGAAGGAUAUCACGCCUCCGGACACGGCGAAGACGUGGCUGAAUGGCGUGAUCCAAACAUACCUGGAUGCGGCGACGAAGGAGUGCAAGAGGGCGAUAGAUUCUCUCAAUGCAACUCAAACGGAGCUGGAGAAAAUACUCGGUCCCGAGUUUUGGCGAAGCUUCGAGGUGCCGCAUGACUUUGACGUUAAGAAGGCGCGGAGUGUUUUCAGAAAGUUGCAGCACUGGAAGUCUCAACUAGCAUGGCAAGUGGCGAGCGAGAAGGACGAUGAAAUUCGAGAGGAGGACGUUAAUAUUGAGUCACCGGACGCGCCGAAACAAAUUGAAGCGAGGUGGUCCCGUCUCAGUGAUCAGGGCAAAAAGUUAGAUUAUUGUCAAAUGAUAAUCGGGUGGCUCGUAGGAGUCAUUGAGGCGAAAACGUCGAAAACAAUCGAAGUGCACUUGGAUGCAGGUGGUUACGACGAAAAGAUAGUGGGAUAUGGGCGGGUGUUGGCGAGAUCCAUUCCCAGGAAGAAGAUUGAACACAUCCCUGCUCCGAGUGAAAGUGAUUUCCAGGCAUUUGCCUUGGAAUUAGCGGACUUUGCAGAAGAAUGGGUUGAACGGGACGGCACUGACCUCCGAACCGCAAUCUCCAUGUAUGAGAAUCCGGAGGUUGAUGAAGCACUCCUGCUUUACAAGUCGGACGGAGCAGACAUCGGUGUCGGAGAGUUCAGAAAAUACAACAACAAAACACUGCAGGAAUAUCUGGGAUUACCCGAGGACGGUCUCCCUUUGGCAUUUCGAAGACACACAGCGGACGAACCAGCGAUGUUAGCUGACAGUGACGGUGAUAAACCGUUUUUGAACAGCACACCCGUGAAGAUCAGCUGGCACCAGUUUGUAUUUGUUGCAGCGGUCAUGUUAUCAUUGACGACGCCAAAAAAAGCCAACCUUCGGAAUAUUCUCCACAGUGGUCCUGCUAACGAGAGGACGAUCCGACCAGUGCGUGAGGAGUGGGCAAAAGUUCCAGGUAUUUGUCUCUUUGAUGAGGUUGGUUUGGGUAAAACAAUGUGUGCAAUGGCAACGAUUGCAACACUGCAAUCAUUGUAUGAAAUUCAGGAGAAGGUGAAAGCGAAAGAAAUGGACCGGUCAAAGUUACCCGCGUGCCUCAGAGAUGCGCCGAGUUUUGGUAAUUUAGCAUCCGGAAUACCGAAUGAGCGCCACCUGGUGGUCGUGCCCACGAGUUUGAUGGAUCAGUGGGUAGCCGAAAUCACUCGAUUUUUUCGAGGCAAUGCUAUCCAUCUUCACAUCAUUUCGAAUACCGCAGGUCAAUGGGAGGACGAAAUUGCGAAGGUGCUGCGCACAAACUCGGUGCCGAAAAUUAAUCAGAUCUUGGUUGUUGCAGCGAGAACACUUCAACGUAUGUUCACAUACAACGAACGAAGCAUUGCAGUCAUGCAAAUCGAUGGUAUUCCCCGGCUAAAGUAUCAGCAGAAACCAGACACGGUCUAUGCAUUUCCUUAUUGCUCUACUUUUCUGGAUGAGGUGCAGGACGCUCGAACGGGGAAAGCUUUGUGGAGAGCGUUCUCUGCAAUUUUUGACAGUUCACUGAUUAAAGUCCCGAUGACGGCCACACCCCUCCUUGAAUCACCAAAUGAUCUCAUCAAUCUUGCCUUACUUGUGCGACCUCCGAGUCUGGUGGAGGAUGAAACGACGAAUCUUCGGGGAAUGUCCCGAGAUCUUCGAAUUCUCAAGGGGAAGUCGACUGUUCGGACUCAUCAAGAAGCUUUACAGCUUACGGAACGGGACAAAAUUAUGCAGCAAACUGAGGGCACGGGUGUUGCAUACUUCGCGUCAAUAAUGGUGAAAGUUGCUCAGCGCCACCUUGCACCACAUACUGUCAAGCGAACCAAUCAAUCCCUCAAUUUCGAAGGCAAGCCACUGGGAGCUCAACUUCCACCUCACACGAUGAUUCACGUCCGUGUUACGGUAACGGAAUCGGAAGCAGACAGCUCGUAUGACGCUGUUCAAGACACACUCAAAGCACGGGUGUUUGAUACUAACACUUUGGGAAAAUUUUUUAAUGAAGCCCGGUCCAAACUCUCUUUUCCCAGUGCGGAUCAGUAUACUCCUGAGGAGUAUAACCUCGAGGCUCUGCAAUCUGACUCCGCGACGAAGCUCAAAGCUGCGAUUGAAAUCAUGCUUCGAGUCCUUCGGCAAGGCGCAGACAAUACAUUUCCUUCGGAGUUUCAUUCGACAACGGACCGGGUUGUUGACGCCGCUGACAUCGGACUACCGGACUUCCUUUCCGGAUGGGAAGUUCGUCCACUUCUCUCCGACGAGCCCAGGGCACCAAAUGAAAAAAUCAUACUGUUCACAACUUACGCGAAGUUUCAUCCCUGGAUGCAGAACAUUCUGACCUGCUGUGGCAUUCGCAAUGUCGCCAUUAGCGGGGCAGUCUCAUCUAAGGAGCGUACUCGUCUUAUUGAGCAAUUCCGCCACGGACCCGUCGACGUUCUUAUAAUGUCGCAGGUCGGUGCCACCAGGCUGAAUCUUACGUGUGCACGGACAUUGAUUUUAUAUGAAGCGGCGUGGACGGCAGUUAACACCCAACAAACUGCAGGUCGGAUUCAUCGACGAGGCCAGCGUUUCCCGACAUACGUCAUUCAGUUGGUUGCAGAUAAAACAGUGGAGGUCCUUUUAAUCGCGACUGGUUUGGGCAAGCGCUUCCUCUUGGGAACCUUUCUGGAAUUGGACCGUAAUUUGAAAACAUUCAAAAUGCUUGCUGGCCACGCGGUAGAAGAAUACGAGGCACUGACAAAAGGGGUCAGUGCAGGUGACGACGUGGCCGAAGAGGUUCAUCAGAACCUCAAAAGUGCGCAGUCGGCCCUCGGCGUAGCUUUACAAGACCGCUUCAAGGAAGGUGAGGAACAGUCAACGCAGCAAGGAAAACAGUCUACGACUGCCUCGAAGAAACGUGCGAGGAAGGUGCCGAGCACCGCCGAGAAAGGCGCAAUGAAUGAGGAGGGUCCUAAAAAGAAGACGAAAACGAGCAAGGUGAAGUCUUCCGAAGUUGUGCACGAUGAAAGCCCAGCACGAUCAAUGCGACUCGCGGCGGGGCCAUCUCAGAUCAACGCUACUGUUACUCCUUCCCGACUCAAUGCGGCCCCUGAACCACCUUCACCUCCACAACCUCUUGAAGCACUUGACCCAGCGGCAUAUCGAGAACUUAGCCAACAACGGGCAGCCGAGUUUCGGAAAGUGAUCGCGGCGAAACAGCAAGAAGCCCGGAAUAACGCUGAAGGAACUUUGCACAGGAGUCAGGACCAGCCUGUUCAAUCUGGUAGCACGCUGGGACCAGUUAUGCCUUUCAUUGCACCAGGUGAGACGCAACAUCACUUCCUGUCCCCACCCCCCAUUCCACAGGGCAUUCCGGCACCGGUCGGCCCUGCUACUCACUCAGCCCCUGUAAUGGAUCUUCCAAAUCCCUUUGAACCAAUGGAUUUCGAACCGGUGGAAACCCCUACGGCGCCUGUUUCUCCACAACUCCCUGCGGUAAAUGUACCUGGAUUGUCGUCCGAUCUUUCCUCUUUGCCAUCACCUACACCUUCACCACCCCCCGUAAAACCUACUCUCGACGCACCUGCAAUGGGUUCUGAUGGCCAGUUGAAGGAUGCUUCCGAAAUUGAGUUCACGUAUUCGGAGUCUGAGGAUGCUCCUGACCUGACGAUCUCUACCUCAAAAGGGAAGGGACGUGCAGAGACGCAAACUCUUGUCUCGCAAUUGCGCCGUGUCGAUCUCACUGAACCAGAAGAUCCGUACCGUCCACCGCACAGGGGAAAGUCGAAACAACCGGCCAAGUCUCGCAGGAAACGGGAGGCAACACCGUCGGACGUGGACGACGCCCCUCCUAUGGACCCCACUCUUCACCGUUCGAAGAAGCCAGUGUAUAGCUUAGGAUUAACUCUAAGGUAUAUGGUUGUAAUGUGGUGGGCGGUCGCUAUUUAUUCCAGGUGCAGCGAGAAAAACUCGCCGCACCUAGCUGACGGCUGGCUCGUGUCUGUUCGGCGAGAAAAUGUCGCCGCAACCCGCUUCACACCGGGCUCGCACAUGUGCGGCGAGAAAAUCUCGCCGUUCAUAAGCAUUACGUUGUACCCUAAGCGCUUAAGUUUCCCUGUCAACCGGCGACAAAUUAUCGCCGCCAGUUAA